AUGAUUAGAAGAAAGAAAGGAGAAAUUAAAGAAUGUUUUAGAAAUCUUCAAAGCAGAAGUAUCACAUGUUUAAAUGAAAUAGACAAACAAAAUCAAAAUCAAAAUGAAGAAGAAAGAAAAGAAAAGGAAGAAGAAAUAACUAAAAUGUAUGAAGGAAUUAUGGAAGAUCUCAAAGAAGUAAGUGAAACAUUUCGAUUAAGAGAUAUAACUAGAAAUGAAGAAUGUGUUGAAGUGAUGAAGAAAUGUAAUGAAAUAAUGAAGAGAAGAAAUGAAUGUUAUGAAGAAUACAAGAAAGUGUAUCGAGAAAUAGUUGAAAUAGAAAUUUCAAAUAUACCAAUAAAAGAAGGAAUUGAAUUUUGUUGUAAAAUCACAGAAGGAGUUUUAUUAAGAAUGGUGUUAAGUGAUUUAAUCAAACAAAGCCAAUCGAAAUUAACAAUGUACAAAACACUUCAAAUGAUUUCAAAUGAACAACUAAACCAACCAAUACAACAACAUAACAAAGAAUUAAAAAAAGGAAUUAUUACAACAAAAGAAUGUGUUGUUUGUCAUAAAGAAAAGGAUGAAUUAAUCAAUGUAUUUGGAUGUGGUCAUAGUUAUCAUUCAACAUGUUUAAAAUCAACAAGAAUAUGA